AUGGGUAACCUCAUCAGCCGGCCCAGCUGCCUGGGCCAGAAGUCCAAGCAUGUGAGGACAGACGAGGACUUCCUGAAAGAGUGCUACCAGCGACGAAGAGAGUGGCAGUCCCCUGAGCAACAUGGGGAGACCAAACGAGAAGAGGCUGUCAAAGAUAAAGCCAGAGAGGGUGCGGACAAGGAAAGAGAGGUGGAGAGAGACAAAGAGGUGCAGGAAAUUGAUUACAAGAGGGAAGAGGGGACUCAUACUCCCAUUUCAGACAAACCCCUCCGCAGCUCUCCUGCCUCCACAAUCAGGAGUAGCAGUACUCUGGAUAACGCCUGGCACAGCAGCCCUUCGCCGAUAAAAACAUCCCGAAAUGGAACACUAACAAGGAGAACAGUGCCUCCGGAGUUCGCCCGAUCCCCUCUGGCUCAACCGGACAAGAGCACUACAGAGAGGAGGGCCAGCUUCCAGAGGAGAGACUCUAGAGAAGGAAGUCCCUGGUCCUGGAAGACUGUGGCAUCACGUGAGGUUACAGAGGUGACGGAGGUGACAGAGACGAUUGUAACCGAAAUCGUAGAAGUGACAGAGUAUCCGUCAGGAGAUAAAGGAGGGGACCCAAUAGUCACCAGAACUGUUAGAGUCCUGAAUGGGGUGGCUGAAGAACUCGCUGAGCUCCAAAGUGAUGGACACUCAGACCAGGAUUCCAGUCUGGAUAGAUGGAAGGGAACAAGAUCUGCCCUGGCACUGAGGGACGUGUCAACAAACUCUGAGACUUUUCUCCAGAACCUGGAUGCUUUGCUCACAUGGGUCUGUGAGAUAGAGGAGCUCACAGCCAAUCAAAAACCCACAUCCUCAGAGGUCAAAGUGGUGAAAGCACAGCUCCAAGAACAAAAGCUCCUACAGCGCCUCCUAAAAGACCGCCGGCAUAGUAUGGACUCUAUGAUGUUAGAGGGCCCUCGGCUUAUAGAGGCCCACCCAGGAGAGGAGGGGAAGCAGGCAAAGGUCAAGCUCUCCACUCUCAAACAAAAGUGGGAGGCCUUACAGCUGGAGGCAGAGCAAAGGAGGGCGAGUCUGGAGCUCAUUCUGCCCCGGGCCCAGCUCUUCCAGGAAGGAGUAGACAGCCUGCAGCAAUGGCUCAUAUCUGUGGAGCAGUCCCUAGCUGAACUACGAAAUGCAGAAAGAGUGAUGCUGCAUCUCUCAGAGGCCACAGAUCGGGCCAAGGAGGAAGCUCAGCAGGUGCAAGAGAAGAUGGAUGCUUUACGUAUCCGCUGCUCUGUGCUGAGUCUGAGCAGUCUGGAUGUGCUGCAGAGGCUGGAGCAGGCCCUGGAGGCCUCUAGUCGUUGCACCUCUAGCCAGGAAGACCUCCACCUGUGGCUGGGCCGCAUUGAGAGGGAGCUCUUGGGAGCAGCAGGAGCACAGACACAUACUGGAGAUGCAGUACUAUGUGCAGCCGAGAGACAAAGGUUGGAACAGGCAGUGGUGAAAGAGAUGGCUUGGUUCAGAGACACAGCGCUGAGUCUUGAAAAGCUGAAAACCAUUAAUCUGGAUCCAGAGCUCAUAGCAGAACAACUCUAUGAGCAAAAGAUUUUGGCUGUGGAGAUUCUUCAGCACAGGUUCAACAUUGAGAAGAUGGUGAAGAUCGCUGAAAUCUUGCUAACAUACAGUGAUGAAGGAGAAACGGGUGAUCUUCGGACCCCAAUAGAUGUGUUACAGGAACAAUGUAACACCACCUCAGCCACGAAUUCCCAUGUGGUUCUGCAGCUGGAGCAUGCUCAGUCGCUUCUUUUCCAGUUCUCCGAGGGCCUUGCUGAGGUUUUGCCCUGGCUAGAAGAAACUCAAACCCUCAUUGGCCAGCUCUCCCUGAGCACAAUCAGCUAUGAAGCAUUUCGGGAACAACAGGACCUCUUACAGGGUCUGAGGGAGUCUAUAGCCGAACACAGACCCUUGAUUGCACGUUUAUGCUCUCUAGCAAAACGCUUGUCAGAACUAAAUCCCAUUCAGGGAGACGAGUUCUGUCGUAAGGCCACAGAUGCUGAGGAGCAGCACAGAGCCAUCAGAGACCGAGUCAGGGAGACGGCCAGUUUACUUGAGGAGUCACUGCCACGAUUCACACAGCUGAAUGAGAGGAUGACUCUAAUCAGAGAGAGCCUUGACCGCCUGCGCAGUCGUAUACAGACUCCAACAUCACUUCAAGGACUCACCCCAAGGAUCCAGGAACAGCUGCAGGACAACAAGCACACCCUGACUGAGCUGUCCAAAAUGGAGCUGGGCCUCAGCAGCGUCAAGACACAGGCGGACGAGCUGCUGGCUAACACGCAGGCCGCUGGUGAUGGAUCCAUUGGCACAGCAAUCCAGGAGCGAGUGUCCAGCCUGUCCCAGCUGUGGGAUGAGACACACACUCAGGCCCAGGAAAGGGAAAGAUGGUUGCUCAAACUCUUGGAUCUCGCCAUGAAGUUCUGGAGCGAUGUCAGCGAUGUCACGGCUGCUCUCAAUGAUUCUCAGCAGGCGGUUUUAGACCUCAAUGCCAGUCGGACAGACUCUGAAACAAUCCGCCAGAGCCUUGAAACCAUGCAGACUGUCAGGGAGGAUAUUGACAGUUUACAGGGAGAUCUGGACACCCUUGGCGUUUUAGGAAUGGACCUGAUGUCAGCAUGUGGGGAUACAGACAAACCAGAUGUCACAAAGAGCCUAGAUGAACUCUAUUGCACAUGGAACAACUUGAGCAAACUGUGGAACGAAUGUCACAAAAAGCUGGAGGAGUCUUUGCAGAUGGCACUACAUUAUCAAGACACUAUGCAGGGUCUUUUUGAGUGGUUGAAGUCAGCUGAGCUGAGGUCUACUGAAGAAUUCAUGGUAGGAACUGACCUGGAAUCAGUUAAAGAGCAGCUAUGUGAUCUCAAGGAAUUUAAGCGAGAACUCUACCAGAAGAAGAUUGAGAUAGAAAGCCUGAACCAUCGCUUUGUGUGCCGGCUGUCUCCAGGGUCGGAGCGUCCAGGCUCAGUUUCACCGCUGUGUGACUUCAGGUUGCGCUGGGAUAGCCUGGAAUCUGAGACGGUCAGCAGACAGCAUCAACUGGAGUGUGCUCUACUGGGUCUGGGUCAGUUCCAAAACACACUGGAUGAGCUGCACACAUGGCUUUCCCGGACUGCAGAACAACUGCAGGGCAGCCAGCCAGUCAGCAUUGACCUGCAGGCCUGUGAAAUACAGCUGGCCAAACACAAGGUCUUGCGUAAUGAUGUCAUGUCCCAUGUUCGCACGAUGGAGUCACUGAACCAGGCUGGCAGGGGGCUGCUGGAGGUCGGGUCGGGUGACAGUCCACAUGGUCUGCAGCCUCGGCUGGAGCAACUCAAUGAAAGUUGGGAGUUUGUUCGCUGCGAGACUGAACGCAGGCAGCUGGAACUAGAGAACAGACUGAGUCAGGUCCAAGAUGUCACAAUGGAAAUUCAGGAUCUUCUGCAGUGGCUGGAGAACACAGACCUGAGAUUGUCCUCCUCCAAGACCAUGUGGGGAAUGCCGGACUCUGCCAGUGAAAGGCUGAGCGCACACUUGGAGUUGUGCAGUGAGAUGGAGUCAAAGCUCCACGCCUACACAGAUGUGAAGAAUGCCAUCCACAGGAUGCUAGAGAGCAGCAAUGUUGUGCGAGGAUCGAGCACCGAACACAACCUGUCUAUUCUUGAACAGAAAUGGGCAUCUGUGUACAACAAAGUCCAGGAGCGAAAGGCUAAACUCACAGAGGGACUGAGUCUGGCCAAGGAGUUCCACAGUAACGUCCAGGAACUUCUCACCAAGAUGAGCAAGUGUGAAGAGUCUAUUGGGCUUCUUCCUUCUCCCAGCUUUGUUCUGGACACCGUUUGUACUCAGCUGCAAGAUCACAAAACUCUGGUGAAUGAGGUGAACAGUUACUGUGAGAAGAAAACCACAGUGGAGAACACAGGCUGUAGACUAACUGAACUGAGCAGGAAGGAAGACUGCGAUGUCAUUCACAACCUGAUAAUGACCGUCCAGGAUCGCUUCAAAAAGCUACAGCUACGCACCACAGAACGAGGCAGGAUUCUGGAGGAGGUCAAAAAGAACGCCAGACAGUUCAGUGAAUCUUGGCGCCUACUAGUGGACUGGAUGACUGAAGUAGAACAAACAUUAGACACACAUAAAGAGAUCGCUGUGUCCCAUGAGGAGAUUAAACAACAGCUGACUGAACAGAAGGAGUUCCAGAAACUGCUGAGGUCCAAAAGGCCCAUGUACGAGGCCACGCUGAAGAGCGGUCGCAGCCUUCAUGAAAGAGCUCAAACCAGCCACGAUAGACAACAUCUGGAAAACCUACUGGCUGAAUUAAAAGACACAUGGGACACCAUCAGUGGCAAGUCUAUGGAGAGACAACAUAAGCUGGAGGAAGCGCUGCUGUUCUCAGGCAGAUUCACUGAUGCUCUCCAGGCACUGAAUGACUGGUUGUAUAGAGCAGAGCCCCAGCUGGCUGAGGAUGUUCCUGUUGGUGGAGACAAGGACAUGGUCAAUAAUCUGAUAGAUAAACACAAGGCUUUCCAGAAGGAGUUAGGGAAGCGAGCCGGAUGCAUUAGGACCCUGAAGCGAUCAGUGAGGGAUCUGACCAGGAGCAGCACAGCUGAUGCUCACUGGCUGCAGGAGCAGAUGGAUGAACUAGAGGGCCGCUGGGAGGCUGUUUGCAAGCUGUCAGUCAGCAAGCAAGACAGGCUGGAAGCUGCACUUCAGCAGGCUGAGAAGUUUGACGGCCUCGUCCACUCUUUCAUGGAGCGCCUCUCUGAGGCGGAGAGGAUAUUGAAAUAUGGGCUGAUACCGGAGGAGGAGGAAGGUUUGCUUGCCUUCCGCAAACAGCACAAGGAGUCAAUGAGUGCUUUGCAGGCUCAGGCUGUAGAGUUAGAGAACAUCCAGUGUCUGGGUGAGGAGAUCCUCGCCUCCUGUCACCCAGACUCUAUUAUCACCCUCAAGUCUUGGAUCAGUGUCACCAAAACCCGCUAUGAGGAGGUUCAAACGUGGGCUCAGCAGCAGGGUCAGAAGAUCCAGGCCAGCUUAGCAGCACUCGAGGCAGAGAGAGAGGAAAUCCAGAGACUUCUAGACUGGAUCUCCUCAGCAGAGGAAGCCCUAAACCUCAGGGACCAGGAGCCUCUGCCGGAGACCACAGAGCAGAACCAAGAACUCAUUGAGCAACACACGGUAUUCAUGGAGGAGCUGAAUAAAAAAUUUCCGGAGGUCGAACAUGCCACAAAGUGCUGCAAACUCAAGAGCAUUCCUAAACAGCAAGUGUCUCCCAGCAAAAGGCCGCUCACAAAGAGGAGAAGCACCCUGAAGCUGCAGCCUGCUAUUCCGGUUCCCCUGGAGAACCUCGACCCCCAGACCCCACAGCUCUGUCAGCUGGUCAGUCAGUGGCAGAAGCUUUGGCUCCUGGCUGUGGCGAGACAAAACCGUCUGGAACAACACCAGCAAACACUCAAAGAGAUGGAAGAAUUUGCGAACUUCGACUUCAAUGUCUGGCGAAAGCGUUACAUACAGUGGAUUAGUCAUUUGAAGUCACGGAUCUUAGACGUGUUCCGCAGCAUCGACCGCGACCAGGACGGACGCAUCAGCCAGAAGGAGUUCGUCGAUUAUGUCCUUGCCUCAAAAUUUCCCACCAACUCUCUGGAGAUGAACGCAGUGGCAAACAUCUUUGACAUGAACAGCGAUGGUUUCAUUGACUACUAUGAGUUUGUGAGUGCCCUUCAUCCCAGCAGAGAUCCUUACAGGAAAACACUGGAUGCGGAUCAAAUCAACGAAGAGGUGAGUCGACAGGUAUCACAGUGUAACUGUCCCAAGAGGUUCCAAGUGGAGCAAAUAAGUGCCAAUAGAUACAGGUUUGGAGAUUCCCAGCAGCUGCGAAUGGUUCGUAUCCUGCGAAGCACGUUGAUGGUGAGGGUGGGAGGAGGCUGGACUGCUUUGGAUGAGUUCCUGGUCAAGAAUGACCCCUGCAGAGUCAAAGGUCGGACCAACCUGAAGAUCAAGGAGAAGUACUUGUCUCCCGCAGGAAGCACCUCUAAAGGUUUGACUGUCAGCAGGUCCAACUCCAGCCUGAGCCUCUACAGCAGCGCCUCUGCCCCCACCAGCCCCAUGACACGCAAGGCGUUACUCCGCAGGAGUUUCUCAGGUGACCGCUGCAUCCGUCCCAGGAGCUCCAUAGCUGCUUUGGGGUCUGAUCUACAGUUUGUCACAACAGGGGAGGACAACUCGUCCUCACCCUCAGACGAAGCCGAGAGGUUACCCACAUGAUUACCUCUGCCUCUGACCACCAUGUGUAUGCUGCAGUGCUGAAGCCAAACACACCACAGCCUCGGGGCCCCCGAAACAGAGUGAUAAGCAGAAGUAUCAGUCUCAUUUGAAAAGCAGACACUGACCGAAAGGUACAAAGAAGGUCACCAGAGGUGAUGCUGAAAGGUCUUUAGCUUUGUUAAAUCUCCGUGAAGAUAAUGUGUGGACAAUGAGGAUGUCAGUCCAGAUGCAAGACAAAGAUUAUUUUGUCCCGUUAUAUUUCAUUAGUAUCUGAUUGCAUAGAGAGUAGGAUUUGAGAAGUUCUGCAUGGAUGCUUAUUGCAUGAUUGCCAGAGCCUUGCUUAAAUCAGAUUUUUUUUUUUUCAAGCUUUUUCUUUUGUGGCUGUAAAGAUAAGCAAAGUCAGACGGUGCCACAAUGGGCAGUAAUACGGUGUAACUGGUUUAAAAGUGACAUACAGCUAGGACAUAUUUGUAUAUGGUGUGUGAGGGUGGUGUGCUGUUUGACUGCCCCAACUAGCAUCCAAAAAAACACAUACACCAAAACCAUUACUGUGUGAAGGGUACAGUAUGCUGUCCUUCAACAUUUUGAAAUUCUUUCUGUUUUUAAUUUCUUUCCAUGGAGAUGACAUUGUUGGCAGGGCCACACUGUUUCUGUCUUUGACCUUUUUUGACACCAUGUUUUCAAGUAAUUAUGUGUUUUUAUUGUUGUGUAUUGUGAGGAUGUUUUAAACAUUGGAGAUUGUGUAAUGAACCGUGCACCGAAGUGCAACAAGGUCAUUGUUGAUUUGUAGAGAUUAUUUUCUCAGGAUUGGUUUUGCCUUUGGAUUAAUGUAUUUCUCUGGAACAUUACUGUGAAAAUGUAGACGUGUUGUUUUCUUUAUAACACUACUUCGUAGCAAAGUUUUGUUUAGCACAUUCUUUUCAUAAAGAUGCACUUUUCUGUGUCCAGCUACUGUAGAUAAGUUAUUCUGCUAAGUGGGAAAUUUGUCUGUUGCCAUGAGAAAGAGAAUUAAUGUUGAAACACAAACUAUAAUUUUAGCUCGUGUUCCUUUAAAAUGUCGUUGUUGUAGAAUUGUUUCAGCAGAAUGCACUGGAGCUGAUGCUGUGAGGCAGAGCAGUGUAGCUUUUUUCAGUGAAAUCUGCCUUUUUGCUUCCUUGUCUUCCCUUUCCAGCAUAUUUUACCCAAAGCAGUAUGUGUAUAUAUAUACAUAUACAUAUAUGUACUUUUUUCUUCUCUUUUCAUCUUUAAUGUUUGAUUUCUCUAAUCUCCAGUCCAGACAGAAAUCCUCACAGCUGUCUUAAUCUUAUUACUCGACUUUCAGAGGUGUUCAGGAAACAUGUAAGACUCUACAUCUGUUCCUCUUGAUCCUGAAGGUAACAAUAUGCAUUGUUUUAGCAAAAAAUACUGCAACACAUUUACCCUGAGAGAGAAGCAACUGCGGCUCCACCAUCAGUUUACUGCACAGGCUGUUCAGUGUUGCACUGCGCCUGGCCUUUACUCUGUGGUUUCAUUAUAGAGCAGUAAAUACUUCACAAUAUAUUAUCAGCUGUGUAAAGCUUUUGUAUUUGUAAGUGUUCCCUUUGUACUAGAUCUACUUGAGGUUGAAGACAGUAGCUCAUGUACUUAAUUGCAUUUGGUCUAUGCAGUUGUGAAAAAAAAAAAGAUUUUUUUUAAAGUCGAAAAAGUUUUUACAUGAUAAGGUACCUUUUCCUCUUGGCCUCAAUGUGUUGAUGUUUCAGAGAAGGUUGAUAAUUUACUGUACUGUACAAAUACAAUAGCCAGAUUUCACUACUAUUGCUAUGCACCCUAAUCUUUCUGUACUGUAAAUGUUUCUAUAC